AUGGCGCCCCCGACCCCAACAACUUCAGCCCGACUCUGCCACCGGCCGGAAAGUGGCGCCGUGACGUCACCGGAGCGCGCCGCCCACUGGCCCGGAAAGCGCGACGCCGGCAGCUGCGGGGUUACCAUGGGAACCGAACCGCCACCCGGGUCGCUGGCCCUCGGAGACCCUGCGUCUCUGUCUCAGAGCAUCAUCAGGAUGUUAAGCUACCUCUUUCUUCUGAAGGCACUUCUAGCUUUUGGGUUCCUGGCAUCCUGGGUAACAGCAGAAGAGCAUGUGAAAGAGGGAGAAUGCCCUCCUGAUAAGAACCCGUGUAAAGAGCUGUGCCAGGAGGAUGAGUCAUGUCCUCCUGGGCAGAAGUGCUGCAGCACGGGCUGUGGUCAGGUCUGCCGAGAAUACAUUCCCAUAGGGAUGAAAAGAAUCUGUCCCGGGAUUGUUCGUAAACGAUCCUGUUUUAAAAGUUGCACCACCGAUGACACAUGUCCAGGUGUAAAGAAGUGCUGUACGUUUGGCUGCAGCACAGCCUGUGUGGCCCCAGUCUCUCACUACAAGCUGGGGUUUGAUGGUGAAUGUCCCGACGACCCCCUUCCCUGUGAGGAGCAGUGUGAUGGGGAUGCGGCGUGUCCUCUGGGGCAUAAAUGCUGCAGCACCGGCUGUGGCCACACCUGCCGUGGAGACAUCAAGGGAGGGCGGGCUGGGAAUUGUCCCACCUUUCUGGUAGGCCUGUGUAUCGUCGAAUGCAUGAUGGAUGAGAACUGUCAAGCUGGGGAGAAGUGCUGCAAGUCAGGAUGCGGCCGUUUCUGUGUCCCACCGGUCCCGCCACCCCAAAAGUCCUUGAACUUCAACAGGACCCUCAGGUCUGAUCUGAAUUAG